AUGGCGUCAAUCAAAGUCGACCUCCAGACCCUAAAGGGCGUGCAAGGGAAGGUGGUCAUUAUAACCGGAGCUGCCAAUGGUAUCGGGAAGACGGCCGCUCGGUUGUUCUACGACUACGGGGCUUCUGUAGCAAUCGGCGACCUCGAUGAACAGAAAGGCAACACUCUUGCGGCAGAGUUUGGUGGACGUGGCCACUUCAUGAAGACGGAUAUCUCAGGCUGGGCCUCGCAGAGACUACUAUUUGCCUCAACAUUCGAGAAAUUCGGAUCUGUGGACUACGUCAUUGCCAAUGCUGGGAUGCCAGAGAAGUCGGGCUUUCUCUGGGAAGAUAGAUUUGACGCAGCUGGAGACUUGGAGGAGCCAGACUUGAAAUUGAUUGAUGUGAAUGUCAAGGGUACUCUUUUCACUUCCAAACUCGCUUUGCAUUACUUCGAGAAGAACCCUAAACGGGGAUCCGCAUUGGUCGUAAUCGGAUCCGCUUCCGGAUACUUCGGGGGCAUCCCUAUUGCUAAAUAUGUAACCUCGAAACAUGCGCUUUUGGGGCUUGUUCGAUCGCUGGCUAUACUUGGCCGAGAGCGCGGCUUCCGUGCCAACUACAUCGCUCCAUGGCUAACCAGUACCGAAUUCAGCUCAGAGAUAGGCGAGAUAUGGGGAGACCGACCCAUCAACAGUCAAAUGGAAGUGGCCGAGGCUAUACUCACGGCAUGUGCUGAUAAAACACUGAAUGGCCGAGGACUGUUCGUGGCGAAGCAGAUAGUGGACACUGAGGUCCCACUUCAUCAGCUAGAGUCCCAGUGGCUUGGACCUGAAGUUGCUGGGAUUUUUGAGAUGGGCCGUGCUCAUAUUCAACAAAGUUUUGGCAAAGACCCCACUCAUUAUCUCGAGACUCCGGGCUAUCAAGAAUAG